AUCAACCUUUUUGUCUUUAGUGAAAUUAUCCUGACUCCAAAUUGUGUCCGUCUGCUUCCGAAAUGGAGCCAGCAUGUCGAAAAGACAAACAGAAACAGCAAACACCAACGCGUGGAGACAGAACGAAACAGAAAACAGCCCAGCAGGAGCUAAAGCAGAGACAGAGAGCAGAGAUUUAUGCCCUGAACAAAGUCAUGACUGAACUUGAACAGCAGCAAUUUGAGGCCUUCUGCAAGCAGAUGCAGUCACAAUCAGAAUGAGGAAUAACCCCAGUCAGAGUAAACAUACACAGGUUAGGGUUACCAUGUUACUCGUAUUAUUGUAAACCACAUGAUAAUCAACCCUUUAAGCCUGUCAUUUACACCAAAUUGUAUUCACUGUAGAAUGCUUGACUGUAUUGGUGCACACACACAGUACUUGAAUCAGACUGUACAAUCACAUCACAAAUGCUUGUCAGUAUGCACAAAACCAGACAUAUCAUAAUAAUGUGUCAUAUUUAUCAGAGCACCACCCUGGACAGUGCUGUCAUUUCAUUUUCACAAAAAAAAUUAUAUUUACCUAAACAUUUGAAAAUACGCUGUUUAUUUUCUCACCCAAUGGUCAUUUAAGAUUUAGAUGAAACUGGAUAUACUGGGAUUUUGAGAGAAUAAAUACAGUUAAAACCCUUUUUAUGAUUUAUUGAGGUGUUAUGAAGCGAAACGAUUGGUCUGUGCAAGAAACUGACCAUUAUAUUCAUUAUUACCUGUAAUCUACAGCCUCAACAAAUAGUAGCCAUUGACUUGCAUAGUAUGAAUCACCUAGGCCCACGGAUUCAUCUAAAAAUACAUCAGUUUUCGGUUUACUAUCUUUUUGAACUGUUUUGUAACAUGCAAUGUUAAUUUUCCUGAAUGAGUAUUACAUUAUACUUUACAAUACUGUAUAAAACUGUUCUAGACAAACAACAAUCUAGCGCUAUGUUGGCUAAAGGAAAUAAGAUACAGCCAUCACUUGUGGUUUAUUGUUAACUUAUGACUUAUGAUGACCUACUGUAAUAAUGGCAACAGUGUUUGUUUAAAAUUUGGUUAUUAAAAAUUGUUUGUAAUAAAUA